AUGUCCUCCAAGCUCUUUCGUGUUACCAGAUUGAUCAGCGCAUCACGCCCUGCAGCCCCAAUCGUGUCUAGAGUAUUCAACAAUCGCACAUUCGUAUCCACAGCCCGCGCAAUGGCCGCAACAGUCGACUCAAACUUCAUCUCGCGCAUCACCGCCGCAGAAAAGCAAAUCACAAACCAGGACGAACCUGUUGCCGGAGGCCCAACUGCACAAGCCCAGUCUCAUGCCAACCAACCUUUGACUGGCCAAGUCAUCCACGACAUCACCACGGGCGAGCGCAAGAUCACUGGUCUCGACGGCCCCGUGCCUUCAGGUCCCACUUCCAUCGCGCAGUCAAUCCUCGAUGCGUCAGGCUCGACGACAGGUAGCGGUGCAUCGGGCGUGCUGGACAGCGAGACGAUCAGCAAGAUCACACAAAAGGAGAAGGAGAUCACUGGACAAGAAGACCCGGUUAGAAGAGGCCCGACCGCAAAGGCACAGCAGCAUACCGGCGAGCCGAUUACGAGUGAGGCGUUGCAUGAUAUCACCGAGGGGGAGAAGAAGAUUACGGGUGGCGAUAGGGUGAAGGGGGGACCGACGAGUGCGGCACAGAGUGAGCUUGCGAAGAGUAGGCAGUAA